AUGGCUGGGCUGGUGGGGCCAGCAGCAGCCCUGGUCCUCCUCUGCCUGGCCGUGGGGCUGAAGGCCAGCCCGGAGCUCUCCGGGUACCUGCGUAAGGUGCUGAGGAACCACACCACCCACACGUGCGACGGGGAGCAGCUCCUCAUCAUCUGCCCUCACAAGACCACCAUCAGCAUCCUUGGUGCCUUCUACGGGCGUCGCGUACCCAGCCCCAACCUCUGCCCCAGCCCUGGCAAUGCCUCCCACGAAAGCACUGAGUGCACAUCCACCACUGCCCACCUGAAGCUGCUGGCUGAGUGCCAGGACCAGCAGUGGUGCCAGUUCUCAGUGCACAGCCAAGUCUUUGGGCCGGACCCAUGCCCUGGGACACACAAGUACCUCAUCGCUUCCUAUAAGUGCCGGCCAGGGAACCAUCGGGUCAAGACCGCAUGCGAGAACGACAAGCUGAGGCUGCAGUGCCGACCAAAAUCCGUCCUGGCCAUUUAUUCUGCAAAUUACGGACGAUUCCUGCGGGGCAAACCGGAGUGCGAUGCCCUGAACACUGGGGGACCCUAUAUAGAGUGCUUGGCUCCGGACGCCCUACGGAGGGUCUCCAAGAAGUGCCACCGCAAGGCAAACUGCACUGUGGCUGCUGACAGGGCCACCUUUGGGGACCCGUGCCCCCCCGGCACAAAGAAACAGCUGCGAGUCUCCUACACCUGCGUGCCCAAGCAGCUGCUGGAGGAGGUGGGCCCUGACACCUCGGACCCCUUCCUGCUCUCGGACUACAUGCAUGGCGUCCCAGAGAAAGUUGGCCUCUACUUUCUUUGUGGGGUCUCAGGAGGCCUCAUGCUCCUGCUGUGCAUCAUCAGCCCCAAAACGACCUUCCUCCAGGAGGUGGGGGAGGCUCUCAAAGACCCGGAGCUCGGGAGCAGCUCGGAGCUGAGCAGGACCAAGCUGCAGGACGAGCAGGACGAAGACCUUCCCGAUGACAGCUCCUCGGACUCCUCCUUCCGCCGCCUCACCCGUACCUACCGGGCCACCGACAGCAUCUUUGGCCCUGAGCUGACGGCAGCCAUGGAGGGAGCGGUGGAGCACCAGGGUCACGGCAGGGAGGAGAUCUGGAUGCCCAAGGAGUCAAGCCCAUAUGCUAUCCACAAGAUCAAAUCGGCCACCAAAUAAGAACUGGAAGAAAAUGGCCAGAGAGCAGAGGGGGGGCAGAGUCUAAGUGGGAUCUGACAUAGGAGAGACAUGAGAGUUUGAGCUCCUCAGGGUGAGUGGGUACCCCAAGUGGC